AAUCACCGUUCGUGACAACCGGCAUCUGAUCCGGCUUUUUCACCAUCAUGUGGCUGACCCAUAUACGACGGCACCGCCGGGCGGCCUCUCACUCUCACGCAGCGCGCAAGGUGUGGCAGCACAGCAUGCGCGGCUGACGUCCUGUCAAGCUAUCUGUGCCUACGUCUAUGCGCGCCGGUGAGCUGUCGUGCCGGCCGCCCUCCUCAUCCACCCAUCGCCAUCGCCAUCGCCAUCGCCAUCCCCGACCAGCGAACACACACCACCUACUUCCAGAUCAGCGCACAGAUCUGCACACACUGCACGAUGGCAAACGCCAUCCGCGCCCUCUGGACGCCUCGUCUUCCCUUCACUUUCACAUGGGAUAUCAUACAGCACGGGAUAGGAUAGGAGACGCACCCGCUAUCACGGGUGGUCCGUUCACACUGUCCAACACACCGUGCGGACCAGGACAUGUUGUGCGUGUCUCACCUCGGUCACUCAUGGGGAGUACGGUGGAUACCAACGGCGACGAGCGCCAGUCCCACGCUAUGCGGUCUAAGCACGGCGAGCAGGAAUCCGGCCCCCAAGCAUGCAGACCCUCUCUCGCUCACGCCUGCCUGCGUGCUGAUCUUCCCGCGCGCGCGCGGCCGUACCGGAGCCGGCCACGGCGAGCGUUCGGGACAUCGAAAGUCCAGGACGAGCGCGAAAACGGCCGUAUGCAAGAGCGCGCCGAGGCGAAUGCACACUACGUGAUUGGCUGCGCAGCCGUUACGGUGCUAACGCGGGGUCUUGUUGGCUCCUUGUCCUGUUUCGGCGACGCCGCAUGGCUGUGAGGCUCGUAUCGUGGUUCGUCUCGUCGGUGCUCCACCCCGUAGCUUUGCGGGAGGCCUGGGGAGGCAGAUGUGUAGACUUAGCGGGCGAUAGUCGCGUUGCUUUUUGGUGUGCGGCUGCGUUUGACUGGGCAGACGAUGAACCAGAGCUAUCUUAGGACGAGACGAACGACCGACACGCGCACGGGUAC